GCUGACUGUGACUCCAGCUGCUGGGAAAGCAAAGGAGCUACUCUGUGAAAGCAAACCUUAUGAACAGCACGAGGUCUUUAUUUUAAACAUCGUAAUUAGUAUUAUUUUUAUUUAUUACCAUAACGCAGUAUGGUUUAUUAAAGUGACGCCUGUAAGCUAAGUGACGUAGUUUGGCGAACUGUCUGAAGUGGAGCCAUGGCAGAGUUCUGGUUGAUUUCCGCUCCCGGUGAGAAGACCUGUCAGCAGACGUGGGACAGGAUGAAUGCAGCCACCAUUCAUGCCAACAAUCUGUCCACCAACAACAAGUUCACUAUUCCAGACCUCAAGGUGGGAACACUGGACGUUCUUGUAGGUCUGUCCGAUGAGCUGGCCAAACUGGACUCAUUUGUGGAAAGUGUGGUGAAGAAAGUAGCCCACUACAUGGCUGACGUUUUGGAAGACAGCAGAGAUAAAGUCCUGGAAAAUCUUUUAGCCAGUGGUGUUGAUUUGGUGACCUACCUCACAAGGUUCCAGUGGGAUAUGGCCAAAUAUCCGAUUAAACAGUCCCUUAAGAAUAUCUCGGAAAUCAUCUCCAAGCAAAUGACUCAAAUAGAUAACGAUCUGAAAGCCAGAGCUUCAGCGUACAACAGUAUAAAAGGCAACCUUCAGAACCUGGAGAGAAAGAAUGUAGGGAGUCUUCUGACAAGGAGUUUAGCUGACCUUGUGAAGAAAGAGGAUUUCGUGCUGGACUCAGAAUAUCUCACUACUCUGCUCGUAGUCAUUCCAAAAACGGGUUACGCAGACUGGGAGAAGUCGUAUGAAACCCUCUCUGAAAUGGUGGUUCCACGCUCUUCACACCUGCUUUUUGAAGACCAGGACAGUGGGCUCUUCAGCGUCACCCUCUUUCAUAAGGCCAUAGACGACUUCAGACUCAAAGCCAGAGAAAAUAAGUUCAUUGUGCGUGACUUCCAGUACAACGAAGUUGAGCUGAAGGCGGACAAAGAGGAAAUGACUCGACUCUCUACAGACAAGAAGAAGCAGUUUGGCCCUCUGGUACGAUGGCUGAAGGUGAAUUUUAGUGAAGCGUUCAUCGCUUGGAUACACAUCAAGGCUCUCCGGGUUUUUACCGAAUCGGUUUUAAGGUAUGGAUUGCCAGUCAACUUUCAGGCUAUGCUUCUUCAGCCCAAUAAGAAGAACAUGAAGAAGCUGCGUGAGGUCCUCCAUGAGCUUUACAAGCAUCUGGAUAGCAGUGCUGCUGUUAUCGAUGUGAGUCAGGCUUCCAUGGAUAUACCUGGUCUGAACCUGAGCCAACAGGAAUAUUACCCUUACGUUUAUUACAAGAUUGACUGCAAUUUUCUUGAUUUAAAAUAAAACAACAUUUUUGACAGCACUAGGAAUUUCAGGUUCAAGGGAAUGAUUCAGAAAUUUUGAGCUUUUGUUUUCAUAUUUACUUUUUUAUUAAAUUUGAGAUCUGUUUGGUGUUUAUAGUACUGGUUGGUGCUAUUCACUUUUAUGUAAGUCAAUCAUUUUUGAAACCCCAUAAUUCAGAUUCUUAACUUAGUCUUAACCUUAACCUUAAGGUUUAGGAAAUAACUGAAUAGACUCGGCAAUGAAUGUGGAUAAAAAAACUCUUUUGGGUCGAAGAUACUAAACCAUUCCCUUAAUUUAUGAAUCAUAUUUUCUCUUUGUUACCUUUCCUUCUACCCAUCACGUAGUCGAACGUUAAUUAUCGAGUCCAGGGAUUUGUCUGUUUUCUUGCUCGUGUGAUGUGUUUCAGUAUGGUACACAUUUAUACACUGGAUAUAUAUAUUUGCUUUAGCAUUAAAUGCAUAUUUCUACACAGAGAUCCACAAUUUCCUAUAACAGUGCUGUUUAUCGUAUUGCUGUUGGUGAUUUUUUUGCUACAAGUGUAUGUUUAUAGAUCCUAUAAUUAUGGUUUUGUUUAAUUUUGUCAUUGGGAGUCUUACUAUAUUUGUCAUUUUUGAGAUUUGCCACUGAAUAAAUAUUUGAUUGAUAAUG